AUGAAUAUUCGUUAUGAAGAGUUUACUUUGGUUUCUGAAGCUUCCAGUCACAUUUUUGGUUUUCAAAUUUUCUAUUUAUCAUUCUGCGAACCCCAACGUCAUUCGUCACUAAUUGUUUCAAAACUUCCAUCAAUCGAAAAUAUCAUGAACAAUCUUCCUUUGAACUUGGAAGCAAUGAACAAUGCUCCAAUUGGAGAUCAAGUACAAAUGAACAACUUCUUGAUGCAAGCGGCACAGGUGAAACUGCUACUAGAAAAUCAGAGCCAACAACAUGAAAAGUUUCGUCAAGAAAUGAUGGAACAUCAAACUCGCAUGACAAACUUGGCAAUGGAAAUCUGCACUUUUCUUGUUCACGAGCAGGAAGAAAAUCGCGCGGUUAUCAAAGAGAUAACUGAUUCCAUGAUUAGUCGGUUUCCUGGUCCAUGUGUUCCUGUUCUAUGCGAUUGUGAUGACGAAUCUGAAGACAAAGAAGAACCAACUCCGAUGAGUACGCGUCGCAGAUCACCAAGGCAAAGAGAGCAGGCCACUCCGUAUGCUAGUGGGAGAAAAUCAACUCGCAAUGUCUUCACGUUUAAUGGGAUUGUGAUAGAAGGAACGGAGACUCCAAAUGAUCUGGGAAUCAAAUACGACGAUGAGAUCAAAGUUAUCUUAAUCUACAAGAGACCUGUUGCCACCAAAUGA